AUGGAGGGCGAGGAAGUAAUGGAAGACUUGGUAUUAGCCAGCGCAACGGCUGUUUUAUCAAUAAGCACAGUCUACCACGCAGCUGUCGGUGAAGAUUUAUUUUGUAAAGUCAUAAUGACAUGCGGAGAUUUACGACUUCGCUUCAAACCUUGCUGGAAACCUUUGUAUGCACAAAUCCUUAUGGCCUCUACAGAGCAUAGUGUUGCAGUUGUGCUUAUGUUUGAGAACACCGAACCAAGAAGAGCAUUACACAUUCUAUUUAUAGUAUCGUUAGCGACGACAGCAGCCAUCCUAAUGUAUUACGGCCAGGAGAACUUCCCAUACGCAGCCAUGGAGGCCAUUUAUCAAAUGUUCCUCGUCUGUUUUUUCGGGAUUGCUUCUUGGGUCGACGAAUUUUUAGCAAAAACAUUAAUAACAGUAAUGAAUUAA